AUGGGAGAUCGUAUGGAGCAGGCUGCAUCCACCAGCAAUUCUGCGACUCCGACUGUAUGGUCAACGGUGGAUAUCGAUAUUGUGGACUUUACCAAACGGCCUGACCCUCCAUUCACCUAUGUAUUCCAUGCGAAAGAUGAGGCAUCACAGUACUCGUAUGCUUUUCCGAUGAUAGGAAAUCAGCCAGAAGUUGUUGCAGAUGCUUUGCUCAAUUUAUUCUAUCUAUUUGGUCCCUCAAAGGCGGUGAAGUUGGAGCCUUCAUAUCGUGGCACAGUAUUGGAAAGCAUGCUUUCCGAAAAAUUUCCAUCUACGCGCAUAGUUUACUACUCUGAGAACCGGAAUAAACAAGGCGCACCAGUGCCGAGGAGAGAAGAGUCGAUGAUACGAGAGAGGAUAUACGCUUGGCUUAUGGACAACGGAAAAGUGAAUUGGUUCAAUCAUCUCAACGAGAUUAAACAUAUGCACAACUCCGAAUGGAUAGACGAAUUGGGUGAGUAUUAGAC